CUGAUCAGAAAAACAACCAUUGGAGAGCUUGGAUCAAGAGGAUGGAAAUGGAGGCUUCCGUCUUGGCAGCUCUGGCGGCAGUAGUCGUUGCUUCCAUCUUCUUGGUAUUGCCACACCUGAGAAAGCAGAGCCCAUCUCAGGACGAUCGGCGCCGCCAGCUGCCUCCGGGCUCCUUCGGCCUCCCCGUCGUCGGCCAGACGGUCGGCCUACUGCGCGCCCUCCGCGCCAACACCGCCGAGGCAUGGCUCCGGCGCUGGGCCUCCGAGUACGGCACCGUCUCAAAGCUCUCCCUCUUCGGCCUCCCCACGGCCUUGCUCGUCGGCCCCGCCGCCAACAAGUUCCUCUUCGCCAGCACCGCGCUCACCGCCAAGACCACCACCUCCUUCAACAGCAUGGUCGGCAGGCGCAACAUCCGAGAGCUGGCCGGCGACGACCACCGCCGCGUAAGGGCCAUGAUGGUCCAGUUCCUCAAGCUGGACAGCGUCAGGAGCUACGUCGCCAGCAUGGACGACGAGGUCCGGCACCACAUCCGCGCCCACUGGGACGGCCGCGCAACCGUCGCGGUGAUGCCGUCGAUGAAGUCGCUCACCUUCGACAUCAUGUGCACCGUCAUCUUCGGGCUCGGGAGAGCCGAGCACGCCGCCGUGAGGCGGGAGCUCUCGGCGGAGUUCCAGCAGCUGGUGAGGGGCAUCUGGGCGAUCCCGGUGAACCUGCCUUUCACCUCCUACGGCAAGUGCCUCGCCGCGAGCCGGCGAGGCCGGCGAGCUGUCGCGGCAGUCAUCGGCGAGAAGCGCGCCAAGCUGGAGAGCGGGCACAGCUCGCCGUUCGACGACCUCAUGACCCACAUGCUCGCCGAGGGGCUAGCCGACGAGGAUAUCAUCGACAACGUCAUGUUCAUGAUGGUAGCGGCGCACGACACCACGGCCACCCUCCUCACCUUCCUCCUCCGUCACCUCGACGGCAACAGGGAGGCCUACGGCAGGGUCGUGGCAGAGCAACAAGAGGUCGCGAGGAGCAAGGCUCCGGGGAAAGCUCUGUCAUGGGACGACCUCGGCAAGAUGAAGUACACAUGGUCGGCGGCGAUGGAGACCCUGCGCCUGGUGCCUCCGGUGUUCUCCCUGCUCAAGAGGGCGGUCGAGGACGCGGAGUUCGACGGCCACCUCAUCCCCAAGGGCUGGCAGGUGCUGGGGGCGAUGAACAUGACGCAGUGGGACCCGGCCAUCUUCCCGGAGCCCGGCAGGUUCGAGCCGGCGAGGUUCGAGAGCCCGGCACCGCCCUACAGCUUCGUGGCGUUCGGCGGCGGCGCGACCGUAUGCCCGGGAAACGAGUUCGCUAGGGUGGAGGCGCUGGUGGCCAUGCACUACAUCGUCACCGGGUUCAGGUGGAAGCUCGCCGACGGCUGCGACGGCAGCUUCUCCCGGUACCCGCUGCCGUCCCCGGCUCAGGGCCUCCUCAUCGACAUCGAGCCAAUGGACACAGCCACCACAGGUGCAGCAGGCAUCACCAAAUGAUCUCGAAGAAUCCCGUAGCAGAUCUGAAUGGUGCACCAACACCAUUCAGCUCUAUGAUUUCCAUGUUAAAUGUACGAUUACAGAUACUAAUUUGCAGUGAAG